UUUAAUUUGGAGUGCCAUAGUCAGAGAUUUUCUCAUUUUUUUGACGACACCAAACGUCAGCUCUGAAGUCCUCUGAACUUGCAGUGGGGGGGCUUUUUGCAUGUCAGGUUUUUUUGUGUUACUGAUAUACAAGAUGUGUUGGUUUCACUGACAUAUGACUACCUGUCAUUGAUAUUCCAAGAUGGAGGAUUAUGAGGAAACCAUCUCAUUUUUAGGAGAGUGGGGUCCUUUUCAAAGACUUAUUUAUAUUGUAUUGAGUCUAGGUGCCAUUCAGAAUGGAUACACGACCCUAUCAAUGGUCUUUGUGGCGGAUACUCCUCCUCAUCACUGCAGAGUUCCAUCCCUGAACAGCAGCUAUGGAGGACUGGGCUACAAUCUGUCCAUCCCGACUGAGGAGCUGAAAGGGGAGACCAUCCUGAGUCGCUGCAGACGCUACACUGAACAGGAAGACUCUGACUCUGCCUACAGCAAUGACACAGAGGGCUGUGUGGAUGGCUGGGUGUUCAGCAAAGAGAGAUAUGUGUCCACUAUUGUCACUGAGUGGAAUCUGGUGUGUGAUGAUGCAUGGAAGGCUCCCUUUACAUUAAGUGUCUUCUUCUUUGGAAUGCUGGUUGGAUCUUUUUGCUCAGGAAUUUUGUCAGACAGGUAUGGCAGGAAGAUCACCUUCAUCUCUGCUAAGGCAAUGGUGAUCCUCCUCAGCUUACUCCUGCCUUUCUCCAACAGCUGGGAAAUGUUCUGUGUGAUUUACUGUCUUCUAGGAGUAGUGACCAUCACCAGCUACGGCCUUGGCAUAGUACUAGGCUCAGAGCUCCUCAGUAAAUCAGCACGUGAGAGUUUUGGGACCCUGGGGUACGGCCUGUGCUACUCUGCUGGCUAUACCAUUCUACCCCUAUUUGCGUACUUAAUGCGGGAUCGGAGGACACUGCAGAUAGGACUGUCUCUGGUGGGAUGCCUAUACAUCCCCUUUUUUUGGUUCAUCCCAGAGUCCCCCCGCUGGCUCAUCACUCAGGGCCGGUUGCAGGAGGCAGAGGCCAUCAUUCGAGCUGCUGCCAAGAGGAACGGCAUCAAGCCACCAGAGACUAUCUUCCAGCUGGAGCAUAACGCCGACACUGAGAUCAUGGAAAAUGUUCAGGAGCAGUGCACAUGGUGGGACCAACUAAAACAACAGAAGAACAUGAGGGGCAUCAUUUUAAACAUCCUUGGAUGUUUUAAACCUCCACCAGAGGAUAUCCUUCAGCUGCAGCUCAGCUCCAACUCCAAGGAAACGGAGUAUAGAUCCAGUGGUCAGCAUAAAUACACUUGGCUGGAUCUCCUAAAAACGACAAAUAUGAGGAAUAUCACAGUUAUUAACAUCAUUAUCUGUGGCUAUGGAGGACUGGGCUACAAUCUGUCCAUCCCGACUGAGGAGCUGAAAGGGGAGAUCAUUCUGAGUCGCUGCAGACGCUACGCUGAACAAGAAGACCUUGCCACAGAGGGCUGUGUCGAUGGCUGGGUGUUCAGCCAGGAGAGAUAUGUGUCAACGAUUGUCACUGAGUGGAAUCUGGUGUGUGAUGAUGCAUGGAAGGCUCCCUUUACGUUAACUGUGUUUUUCACUGGAAUGCAAGUUGGAUCUUUUUGUGCAGGACUUUUGUCAGACAGGUUUGGCAGGAAGAUCACUUUCAUUUCCGCAAAGGCCCUGGAGACUCUCAUCUGCCUACUCCUGGCUUUCUCUAACAGUUGGGAAAUAUUCUGUGUGGUUUACUUUCUUCUUGGAAUGAUGUGGACCGCUAGUAGCUGUGUUUGCUUUGUACUGGGUUCAGAGCUCCUCAGUAAAUCGGCACGUGAGAGUUUUGGAAUCCUGGGGACCAGUCUGUGCUUCGCAACUGGCUAUGCCAUCCUGCCUCUCUUUGCAUACUUCAUUCGGGAUUGGAAGACACUGCAGAUAGGACUUUCUCUGGUCGGAUUUCUAUAUAUGCCCCUCUGUUGGUUCAUCCCAGAGUCCCCCCGCUGGCUCAUCACUCAGGGCCGGUUGCAGGAGGCAGAGGCCAUCAUUCGAGCUGCUGCCAAGAGGAACGGCAUCACUCCCCCAGAGGACAUCUUCCAACUGGAGCUCACUGCCAAUAUUAAGGAAAUUGAGCAAGAGCCCAGAGGUCGGGACAAGUACACUUACCUGGACCUUCUAAAAUCUGCAAAUCUGAGGAACAUCACACUUAUAAGCAUCAUUGUCUGGAUAACCAAAUCCCUCACAUACUAUGGCCUGACCUUAAACACCUCCAAUCUGGAUGGGGAUCCUUAUCGUAACUGCCUUAUUUCUGCUGGAACAGAAUUCCUUGGCUACACUUUGGUGUGGUUCACUACACUUUAUGCCUCUCGUCGGUUUGUCCUGCCUUUCGCUUUUCUCCUUGGAGGUGCGUUGCUGCUGCUCAUCCAGCUGGUCCCUGAAGAGCUCAGUUGGUUGACUGUUACUUUGGCAAUGACAGGAAGACUAGUUGUGACCGGAGUUUAUACAUUUGCUGUUGUCUAUUCCACGGAACUCUUCCCAACUGUUGUACGCAACAUGGGAUUGGGUGUCUGCUCCAUGGCCUCUGGAAUUGCAUGUGCUGUCUCACCGUACAUAGCCCAUAUUGGUACAUAUAACAAGAUUCUUCCUUUUAUUCUGAUGGGCUCUAUAUCUCUAUUCUGUGGUGGUCUGAGUUUGUUAUUACCAGAGACAAAAGGUGAAAACCUGCCAGAACUCAUUAGCCAAGUCAAACCUCUCCAGUGGUGUUGCCACAGGAAGAGGUCUAGUGAUACAAACUGUGUGGAUAAACAUUAGUAAGAAAGUGAAGUGCAAAAGUGCAAUCAUUUGCAAUACAGGCAUUGCAUUUGGUAUGACUACUUACAAAGGGGGUCAGAUCAGAUUUACAACCAUUUGCUGUUCAAGAUCUGGCCCCUGAAAAUAUUGAUUGCAACAAUACUGGACUUCAAUGCAUUAUGCCGUAUUUUUGACAUAACAGUACUGUAAUUGUGACAUGUUAGUUUGAGUGGACAAUUCAUUGACAGUUGAAUCUUCUCUGUCCUAUUAAUAAAGGCAACAUCCCCAUGUAUACUGUAUAUACUGUACUGUACAGGCUGUUUAAAAAAAAAGAGCUCCAUAUGGUCU